GGAACAACGGCCCCAAAUCAGCGGAAAACCUUGACAUUUCGCGCACGCACGCAAACCAUUUAACUAGCUUGCGGGUAACUUUCAGUGGAAGGAAUGUAUCGUUUUCGUCGAACAAUAUUUAGUGCAAUAGCCGCACCGAACGGUGGCCUGCGGCGAAGCUCAUUCCACACGGCGAAGACAGCGUUAUCAGAAGCGGACAGCCAUCAAUCGGAGCAGGCGGCGACGUCAUCAGGGCCAAGGGAAUCGGGGUGGAAAAAUGAUAAGAACACCACUUUAACCAGCGCAACCGAUCGGAAGCAAGUGACCGGGACGAUCGCUACGAGCAACGACGACGGAGCUACUCUCGCGGACACAUUCGGCCGCUUUCACAGUUAUCUGCGAAUUUCGCUCACCGAGCGGUGCAACCUGCGGUGCAAGUAUUGCAUGCCCGAGGACGGAGUAAAGCUAACGGCCAAGGAACGCCUGCUAACCGGUUCGGAAGUGGUUCGAUUGGCGCAACUCUUCGUCGCCGAAGGAGUGCGGAAGAUACGGCUGACCGGCGGUGAACCGACGGUGCGCAAGGAUCUUGCCGAGAUCGUUGGCCAGCUGAAGGCCAUCCAGGGCCUCGAGAGCGUGGGCAUCACCACGAACGGAAUCAUGCUGACCCGCCAGCUCGUUGGUCUGCAGCGGGCAGGGCUCGAUGCGCUCAACGUCAGCCUCGACACGCUAAGGGCGGCCCGCUACGAGCAGAUCACCCGUCGGAAGGGUUGGGAGCGCGUGAUCGCCGGCCUCGAUCUGGCCAGCCAGCUCGGCUACCGUCCGAAGGUGAACUGUGUGCUGAUGAAAGGCUUCAAUGACGACGAGAUUUGCGACUUUGUCGAGCUGACGAAGGAGCGCAACGUUGACGUGCGCUUCAUUGAGUACAUGCCCUUCACCGGGAACCGGUGGGAAACGGAAAAGAUGGUGUCGUUCCGGGCCACGCUCGACGCGAUCCGGGCUCGGUAUCCGACGUUCGAGCCACUGCCGAACGGGCCGAACGACACGUCGAAGGCGUACCGGGUGCCCGGCUAUCGGGGUCAGCUCGGCUUUAUCACGUCGAUGACGGAACACUUCUGCGGAAGUUGCAAUCGGCUGCGGAUCACCGCCGACGGUAAUCUGAAGGUGUGCCUUUUCGGCAACACCGAAAUCUCGCUGCGCGAUGCCCUGCGCAGCGGUUGUUCCGAGGACGAUCUGCGGUGCCUCGUAUCGGCCGCCGUCAAGCGGAAGAAGAAGCAACACGCAGCAACACUUCCAAGUUCAUUCGUACAAACACGCCGUUCUGGCUCACUGGCGCCCGCUGGAUCCGCCAGCAGCCCCUCCUCGGUGCGGUUCUACUCCUCGCUCAGUCACGUGGACGAACACACGGGCCGCGCGACAAUGGUGGACGUGGACGAAAAGGUGUCGACGAAGCGGGUGGCCAAAGCGCAGGCCACCGUGUACGUCGGUCCUACGAUUGCGGCCCUCAUCGAGAACAACGAGCUGAAAAAGGGGGACGUCCUGUCCAUCUCACAGAUGGCCGCCAUUGUGGCGGCCAAGAAAACGUCCGAUCUGAUCCCGCUGUGCCACAACAUUCCGCUUUCGUCGAUCAAGGUUGAAACGAGCCUGAACAGCUCCACGAACGAGGUCCACAUUCUGGCCAAGGUAAAGUGCGACGGCAAGACGGGCGUAGAGAUGGAAGCCCUGACGGCGGUUUCGGUCGCCGCCCUGACCGUGUACGACAUGUGCAAGGCGGUUUCGCACGAGAUACUCAUCAAGAACAUUAUGCUGGUGGAGAAGACGGGCGGCAAGAGCGAGUUCUACAGAAAACAGUUCCACCACGAACCGACCCUCGAGUCGCGGGCGGCCGCUAGCCGCGAGCCGAAGGAAGUACCAAUCAUCACCCGGGCCUACCGCACGGAUCCGAUCGUCACGAAGGAACCGUUUGUGCCGAUGUACAUUUAGUCGGUCCCCGCCGCCGGACCGGGACCGUAGAUCGUCAACAGAAGCAUAGCAUGUAGAGAGACACUUUAUUCAUUAGACCAGUCGUCCUCCAAUCGGCGCGCGUUGGAUAAUUGCUCCUCAAAAUUUGUCGUCCACUAGCGCCGCUUGGCCCCAAUCGAGCGCCAUCCGGGUACUGCCACGCGAAAUGGCGCACAGCUUCACCACCAGCUCGCCGUACGUCUCCGACGACAGACCCUUGUGCUUUGACCCGUCAGCCAGAAUCUUGGGGUCUCGCAUCUCCGGAUUGACGCCACUGAUCCAGCUCAUCACCGCCGAACAGGCGUUGGCGUACUUUGGGAUGAAGAGAGGCGCACGCAGGGUGCGCUCCGCCGAGUGAGACCCGCUCAGUGGGCAGUGAACGCGCGCGUAACCCCGGUUAGUUUCCACGUUCCACACGUUCGCACCGUACAGACUGAAGAUGAUCUGUGGCCAACCGUACGGGUUGGUUGAUUUCAUCGUAAACUCGAUCGGCAUGUUGAACACGACCGUCCGGUAAUCGGACUCAGUGCGGGCACUUUGCGUGACGGCCGACUGCAGACCGGACACCAACUCCCAGUCCGGGCCGGCCACGAUGUCGUAGCGGCAGAAGAGCCCACUGCCAUCCGGACCCAUCGGGAAGUAAGCGGAUUCCAGUUGACCGGUGACGGUCAGAUGGAAGAAACUUUCACUUUCGCCCGAUGUUAACUGCAGCUCGAGCAUGGUUUGGCAGCACCCAGGAAGAAUUGUCCCACAAGAAUUGACCAGUGAACGCGCGAAUUAUGUUGUUAGCAGUUUUUGAGAAACGAUUGCAGCACUGUUGUGUGGUGCAACACAGGUUUCCAUGGUGACGGAGGAGUGCGAUGUGUCACACGCCCUUUUUGACAACAUGACUUAUUUUGGAGCGGUUUAAAAUAAGAAAUGAUUCUAGCGAUUAGUGCGACCCAACUUGUUCUGUCUUAGAUUUAGGUCGUUCUUAUUAUUGGAACUGGAUAAAUAAAAAGAGAAAUGAUUUUUCUUACGUUGCAUUUUACCUCACACAAACGCUACACUGGUCGCUGGUGCUAGAAAA